CGGAGAACGCCCCAAAAGAAAAAGUGUUCAAAGAAAAGGAAGGCAUGCUCAACCGUCGACGGGGAGCCAUGCGAAGACGCGUCCAUCAGGUGAAUGGACACAAGUUUAUGGCCAUGUUCUUUAGACAACCUACGUUCUGUUCGCUGUGUCGAGACUUUAUAUGGGGUCUUGGCAAGCAAGGUUACCAGUGUCAAGUGUGUACAUGCGUUGUGCACAAACGAUGUCAUCAGCACAUUGUCACUAAAUGCCCUGGAUCAAGAGAUGUCACAUCAGAUGAGGUGAGAGGUCCCAGAUUCAACAUCAACGUCCCUCACAGAUUUAAUGUGCACAACUACAGAAGACCAACAUUCUGUGACCACUGUGGAUCUCUUCUUUAUGGACUACUCAAGCAAGGACUUCAGUGUGAUGUAUGUAAGAUGAACAUCCAUAAACGCUGUCAAAAGAAUGUGGCAAACAACUGUGGCACUAACACCAGAGACAUGGCCCAGAUCCUUCAGGAGAUGGGUAUAUCUGGAGACAAGCUGCGACCAAAGUCUAAAAAGCUGUCUAUUACAGAGUCCCCAAAUAAAAACACCCCAUUGCACGAGAGGUCAUUUUCAUCCCCUAUACCUGUGAUACCAGACCCUGAUGAUUCAGGAGAGAGCGGCAAUGGUGAUGGCUUGUCUGCCAAUGCCAGUAAUGAGAAUCGUGAAUACAGGACACGCAGUCCUUCCGGUGAUCGAGCGCUGACUCAUCAAAGCCGCAUCGGUCUACACGACUUUACUUUUAUCAAAGUUUUAGGAAAGGGCAGUUUUGGGAAGGUCAUGUUGGCAGAGAGAAAAGGCACAGAUGAAGUUUAUGCUAUCAAAGUUUUAAAAAAAGAUGUCAUUAUACAAGAUGAUGAUGUAGAAUGUACAAUGACAGAGAAGAGAAUACUGGCACUGUCGGCAAAACAUCCCUUUCUGACGGCACUGCACUCAUCUUUUCAAACUAAGGAGAGAUUGUUUUUUGUCAUGGAGUAUGUGAAUGGAGGAGAUUUGAUGUUUCAAAUUCAGAGGGCUAGGAAAUUUGAUGAACCGCGGGCCCGGUUUUAUGCAGCGGAAGUAACGUUAGCAUUGAUGUUUCUGCAUAAACAUGGUAUUAUAUACAGCCUUGCAGAAGGACAUUGCAAGAUAGCAGAUUUUGGGAUGUGUAAGGAAGGUAUGACAGACGGCAAGCUCACUCAGACUUUUUGUGGAACCCCAGAUUAUAUAGCACCAGAGAUCCUGCAAGAACUAGAAUAUGAUGCCAGCGUUGACUGGUGGGCUCUGGGUGUUCUCAUGUAUGAAAUGAUGGCAGGACAGCCUCCAUUUGAGGCAGACAAUGAAGAUGAUCUGUUUGAAUCUAUUCUCCAUGACGAUGUUUUGUACCCUGUCUGGCUCAGCAAAGAGGCAGUCACUAUUCUCAAGGGCAAAAACAAGACGGACGCUAACAACUUUGAUAGAGAUUUUACAUCAGAAGAUCCAGUCCUGACCCCUGUUGACCCCGCAGUGAUUAAAACCAUCAACCAGGAUGAGUUUCGAGGCUUCUCGUUUGUCAACCCCGAAUACGGCAAGUUUGAUUUAGAGGCAAGCAGUCAGCAGACGCACUGA